AUGGACCCUUUUACUCACCAGCCUUUGUCCAGAGAUUUUGUCACCAAGCAACCCUUAGUUUGCAUUUGGGAGCUUGUUGACAAGGCUAAAAUGGAAAGAGAUGAAUUGAGGAGUUAUAGAGGCGCCGACGCACACAACAAUUUUACAUACAAUCUGCAUAGCAAGUUGCUUCAACAAGGAAUAAAAACCUACCUUUAUAGAAGAGGAGACGAACUUCCAUUGCCAAUGCUUCUCAAGGUUAUUGAAGAAUAA